GUAGACGCUGUCCGUUUCCCGUUGCCACAAACUGUACUUCUGACAUUAUUUGUUGUGUUUAUAACAAAAGUGUCUGACUCUUCGGAACUCAUGGACUUUCUGCCCAUCUUUUGAGCAUACUGCAGCAUCUAGGCGCCACCUUCCUCUGUGAUCCUGACAGGGAUGGGUGGAUGUGGGACCAACAACUGACGACCUGCGUGCUGCCUCUGUGUCGGAGCCCUGGUGCUGACGUCACACACGCCUCGUUUUCGGAAGGAGGGACCUCGCGGUGCUCCGGGUCAGGGGUCGUUCCCCAGGCCGCCAUGUCCCAGCCCCAGGAGGGAGAGGAGCGCGGGAAGGACAAGGAGCGGGGCGCGCGGCCCAAGGUGCGCCAGAGCCGCUCGGAGGAGAGGCGGGAAGGGGGCGCGGUCCGCAAGGGCGCGAGGGGCAAGAAGAAGGGCCGGGCGUCCCACGAGCAGGCCCUGGCGCGGCCCGUCAGCGACGGGUUCGAGUACGGGGAGCUGCUGAGCGGCCGCGAGUCCCGCGACCGGGGGUCGGGCUCGCCGCUGGGGGGGCCCAGGAGGUGGCAGGGGCCAGGGGCCGCCACGCCCGUCCUGCAGGAGGCGGGGGUCGGACGGCUAGCGCAGGGGGUGGAGGUGGGUGAAGGUGAGGAGGGCGCGGGGGCGGGGUCAGGAAAGACCGGCGCUGGCCGCUCCCUGCGGCAGAAGAUCCAGGACGCGGUGGGCCAGUGCUUCCCCAUCAAGUCCCACAGCGCCUCCUCGGGCCAGGGCCUCUCCCCCUCCGCCUCCUCCUCCUCCAACUCCAGCGCCGCCUCCCGCCGCAAGAUCCACCUGAGCGAGCUCAUGCUGGACGACUGCCCCUUCCCGGCGGGCUCGGAGCUGGCACAGAAGUGGUACCUCAUCAAGCAGCACACGGCGCCCAUCUCCCAGCCGGCCCUGCUGGACACUCUGGGCGGGGCGGCGGCGGGCAGCGGCGGCGGCGGUGGCAGCGGCGCCGGCUCCCCUCUUGCCGCCGUGGUGGAGGACGAGGAUGACCGGCUGCGGGAGCGGCGGCGGAUCAGCAUCGAGCAGGGCGUGGAGCCGCCGCCCAACGCCCAGAUCCACACCUUCGAGGUGACGGCGCAGAUCAACCCGCUCUAUAAGCUGGGGCCCAAGCUGGCGCAUGGCAUGAACGAGCUGGCGGGGGACGACCGGGCCACACUGCAGCAGCAGCAGCAGCAGCAACAGCAGCAACAGCAGCAGCAGCAGCAGCAGCAGCUCCUCCUCCAGCAGCAGCAGCAGCACCAGCUGCUUCUCCAGAGCUGCCUGGACACCCUGGACGAGGUGGCCGCCUCCUCCGCCGCCGCUGUCCCGGCCUCCUCCGGCCCCUCUGACCAAGACGCGGGGCCGCCGGGGGCCUCUGGGGCCGCGGCCGCCAGCCCUGCCAACGCGGCCACCGCCGAGGGGGACCGCCCCAAAUCCCAGGACGGCUACCGGGUCCACACACAGAUCGACUACAUCCACUGCCUGGUGCCGGACCUGCUGCAGAUCACCAACCUGCCCUGCUACUGGGGCGUGAUGGACCGCUACGAGGCGGAGACGCUGCUGGAGGGCAAGCCCGAGGGCACCUUCCUGCUGCGCGACUCGGCCCAGGAGGACUACCUCUUCUCCGUCAGCUUCCGCCGCUACGGCCGCUCGCUGCACGCGCGCAUCGAGCAGUGGAACCACAACUUCAGCUUCGACGUGCACGACCCCAGCGUCUUCCACGCGCCCACCGUCACGGGCCUGCUGGAGCACUACAAGGACCCAAACUCGUGCAUGUUCUUCGAGCCGCUGCUCUCCAGCCCCAUCCACCGCACGCGGCCUUUCAGCCUGCAGCACGUGUGCCGCGCCGUCAUCAGCAGCCGCACCACCUACGACGGCAUCGACCUGCUGCCCAUCCCCAACGCCCUCAAGGAGCACCUCAAGGAGUACCACUACAAGCAGAAGGUGCGCGUCCGGAGGCUGGACACCGGCUGGGAGUAGGCCCCUCCCCCUCCGCCUUUCCAUUCGCUCUGUGCCACACACCUCCACGCUCCUCCGCCGUCCCAUUCGCUCUGUGCCACACUC